AUGAUAUUUGGCAUUGAUGUCCAGGAUGAUGCUCUUCUGUUGGCACAAGGAACGAGCUGUGCCCUUGUAUUUACAAAGCAACUGUACGAAGUAAACUGUGAGGAAAACACCUAUAUAGGCACAAUCAUAUUAACAGUAAACGCCAGUGACGCGGACACCGGCCCGCCUGGAGAUUUGGUGUUUAGUAUAGACCCUCCUAACCCCUGGUUUACAACUGACAAUGAGGGUAAUGUCAAAGUGAAUGCCAAGCUUGACGCCGAGGAUCCCAGGCUACCAAGAGUAGUAAGGUUCGUGGUCAGUGCUACUGACCAGGCCCAGCCUUCGCUCACCGCUAAGGCCGAUGUGGUCAUCAAUAUCAUCGACGUGAACGACCAUCGACCAAAGUGGAGUAAGACUCUCUACUCUGCCACGUUGACGGACGGCGAUCCUCCGAACAAAAGCGUCAUUCACACGAAUGCCACGGACGGUGACAGAGACGCCACGUUGGUUUUUAAAUUCCACCUAGCCGAGUCUUUCCUGGCGAUUAACAGGUCAACAGGGGAGAUAACCACUACCAAAACGAUUGUAAUGUCGGACGUCUUGGCGGAUAAAGGCUCUCCCAAUUUCGUUGUCAACCUCCGAGCCGACGACGGCCUGUACGUGGAGGGCGCACCGGUUUUGAUCAUAGUAUACGCAAAGGACCCUACCAAUACGGCCAUGAAUGACAGUCUUGUGGUGAACGUCAUACUGACCCCGCCUGGAUUCACCGGAAACAACGUACCCGGUGUCUCUGGUUUGGUAGACUGCUCCCAGGCACCGUUACCUAACAACUACGAUCCUAGUUUUUCGGAGAAUGUCUACGACAUAAAGGUGUACGAAAACGUCUCUAUAAACACCGUCAUUAAGACUUUGUCAGCCAGUGACCCGGACCGAGGCCAAAGCGGUAUUGUCACCUACAAUUUGAAUUCUCCCUACCUCACCAUAGAGCCAUCCGGUAACAUUUCCAUCAUCAAAGAUGUGGACUUUGAAAACCCCUCGGAAAGAAGAAUCUGCGCUGACGUUACGGCCACAGAUUUGGGCACGCCUCCUAGGAGUGCAACAACAACGGUCUGUUUGAACGUGAUGAAUAUUAAUGAUAAUAGACCUGAAUUUGGUGCCACGGGCUACACGGCCAGUGUAAAGGAAGGCGAUCCUCCCGGCACCUCUGUGGCUAAUAUUACCGCCUCGGAUAAAGACGAUGACACACUGCGCUUCUCACUGCUGGGUCAGCAGGACUACUUCUCCAUUAAUCCCACAACAGGGGAGAUAACUGUCGCCAAAGCUAUAGACGUGGCCGACCUUCUUCAGGGUUCCACCGGUGACAUCGUCUCUCUCAUGGUCAGAGUAACAGAUGGAAUUUUCACAAAUGACGUCACUGUUACAGUAAAGGUUGAAGACAAGAACAGAUAUCCACCCGUGUUUGACGUCCCAGUAUACAACGUGACGGUCGAAGAGAACAGAUCUGGUGUAGGCCUGGUGACGGUCCGAGCCACUGACAACCGAGAGGUGCCUCACCAGCAAGUAACCUACCUCUUGGGAAACGUACCUAGUCUAGGGUUGAUAUCUAUAAACCCAACGUCAGGAACGGUAACUCUGGUGGCGCCUCUGGACAGAGAAGGUCCACUGGGUGACAGACUUAGCCUCCUUUUGUACGCCGUUGACGACGGUAACCCUGGCCCGGUGAUGACUGGCACAGCUACUCUCUCCAUCACCGUGACUGAUGUCAAUGACAACCCUCCCAGAUACGACACCGACUCCUACAACCUCCUGUUACCACAGACGUAUACUUCCGGCCAGCGGUACGCAACUUCCACAGCAACUGACCUUGACAUUGGUGAGAACGCAAGGAUAGAGUACGAGUUGAUCUCCAGUGCAAGCGGGGCGUUCAGACUGGAUAAAGAUACGAGUGAGAUAACCACCGUGGCGGACUGGUGGAGACGACUGUGUAAAGACCGUCAGCUGCUUCUCGCAAAAGGUCAGUUCAUCCACAAUCACUUCCGUUGUAUUUUACGGCAUCACAAAGGUCUUAGGGUCCGGGCAUUUAACCCGAAUAUGCCCUCAAGAAAUGAAGUGUUGGAUAUCAAUAUGGCCCUUCUACGUCCUGGGGACGAUGGUAGCUCCAUACAGGAUGUUUUACGUUUGGCGGACUGUUCCACUGCCUCAUCCCCCAACGUGCACCCGCCAAAAUUCUCCCGGCAGACAUACGAGGUUAACAUCACUGAGAACAUGCCUGUCAAUUACGUGCUGCUUGUGACGUCCGCCAGUGACGCGGACAGCGGGCUCAGUGGCAAAGUUGUGUACACCGUUAAUUCUCCUUAUUUUAACAUAGGACCUUCUGGAAACAUUUCAACCAGUACAGUGCUGGAUUUUGAAAACCCAUCGGAAAGGAGAAUAUGUUUUGAGGUAAUGGCCACGGAUCUGGGCGUUCCACCCAUGAGCGCAACAGCAGCAGUCUGCGUGACGGUGACGAACCUGAAC